AUGGAAAACCCGCAGUCUCCUCACUAUUCGCAGACAUCCUGGGGAGUGGACUCGAGUUUUUCACCGCAGCAUGUGGAGAGUCUUCGGUCUCCUCGCUAUUCCCCAAGAAGAACGAUUGCGAGUGUUGUUCCCGAGGAGUCCGUGCCACUGGCAGGCCUGGCUGACGGAGAGACUUCUCAGGGGGUAACAAAAGUAAGGAUUGCGUGAGUGUGCAUGUGUGUGUCAUGGCGGAGCGACGGACCGGCUUGCCUCUGUCUGUUCGUCUGUUCAGCCUGUGGCGAGCACCCCGUCAGAGUCACGCCCCGACUCCGAUGUUGUCCGUGUCCAUGAUGCUGAGAUGGGAGAAGUCGGCUCCGAGAUGGCAGGCCCACCAGAGCCGCAUCCCGCGCAACAACCUGUGGACGUUGCUGGGGAAUCAGAUAUUGAAGAGACCUCGAGGGUAGGCAGAAACUAGAAGACAUAUGGUGCACAUAAGUAGUCGUCUGUUCUGUUUCAGCCUGCAUCGGCCGGGCCUCCUUCCCCCGAUGCAGGCACAAUUGAUGACGAAAGGAGGCUAUGGACAAAGGUCCAGGAGUACUUAGCAAACACAGAUGACGAGGGACGUCUGCAGCCCGAUAUGGUUGCAGUCGAGGAAGUAUUGGAAGCCGGUGGCGAACCAGGGGUAAUCCAUUGAAUUAUGUCCAUCCUCUGUCAUCAGCCCUCCCACUUUGUGUCAUAGGGCAUCGACGGGAAGACGCUGCUGCAUUUGAUCUGUGACGAACAAUCCUGGACCGAAAAGGGGGAAGAGUGGCUUAAGUGGCUGGGAAAACAGGAGAGGCAUUGA